AUGGAUACAGGCGACUUAAAUUUGCCAGCAUAUAAAUAUCAACUUGAACAAGUAGAAUUAGCUCUGAAAGCUAAACCAGAUGAUCCAGAAUUACUUAAAUUAAAAGAAGAUCUUGAAGAAGUUAUUAAAUUAACCGCUGAUUUACUUGGUUGUGAUCUAUCAAUAUUAAAUUCUAAUGAUCCAACAACAUCAUCAUAUUCUAAUGAAGCAACAUAUAAUUCUGCUUCAUCACAAUCAAAUAAUCAAGUAACAUCAUCAUCAUCAACACGUUCAGCUAUUAGAUGGAAAACAGGUGAUCGUUGUUUAGCACCAUGGAAUGAAGAUGGAAAAUAUUAUGAAUGUACAAUUGAUGAUGUACUUGAUGAUGGUACAUGUACAAUUGUUUUUGAUGGUGUUGAGUCAGUAUCAUUAACUGUUGUUCGAGCAUCGAAAUUAAGGCCAUUUGAUCGAACACGUGUGGAUUUCAAUGGAAUCAAAUCUGCUACUAAUCGAGCUAAAACAAAACGUGAAUUAGAACAACGUUUACGUGAACUUAAACGUCGAAAAAAAGACAAGAAAAUAGCAAAAUUAAAAGAGUUUGAAGAAGAACGUGAAAAAGAUAAAAAACGAUGGACUGAUUUUAAUUCUAAAUUAACUGGUCGAACAUGGAAAGGUGUUGUUUCUAAAUCUAUGGUUAAAACAGAUAAAAAAACUGAACAAUUACGUGGUACAACAAAUGGAAAUUUAAUAUCAAAUUAUAAACCAGCAAAUCCACGACCUUAA